UCAAAUUCGUGGCGCAGGAGUCGCUACGUAAAAACAUGGCGGAUAAAGAGGAAGAAGUCAGCUUUAAAAAGCAAACAGUGACCAAACUCCUGUGCAGUUUCUUUAAAGAGGACAAAACCAAAUUAAGUAGUGAUGCUACACUGCUCAUGAUGGAUAUGCUGAGAAUAUUUGUGCAAGAGGCUGCUUUGAGAUCGCUUAAACAGGCCGAAUCUGAGGACUGCAACCAAGUGGAGCUUGAGCAUUUUGAAAAGAUCCUGCCACAGCUGCUUCUGGAUUUCUAGGAGAGCCACAAGAUGGAGCCAGAGGGCUGCUAACAUGUUCCUAAAAGCUUUUUGAGAUUUCAUUUUACUGAGUAUAAAUAGAAUUUGCCCCCAAAACUUAAUUCAUAUUAAUAUUGCGUGUCAUGUUUUUAUUUCAUUUAUUUUGUGAUUUAAAAAAAUAAAUAUAAAAAAAAAAACACAAGAGUGCUGUCCAAACACAACCACCAUAUAAGGGCCACCUGUGCUCAUCUAUGGAACAACAGGUGCUUCCAGCAUGCUCUGUGGCGCCCUUCAUCAAAGCCUCCAGGAGCAGUUGGAAGCAAUUACAGUAAUAAGGGGAGCAGCCAGUCCCUUAGAUGAUGACAAGUGCCAGGAAAAAAGGAGUACCCCCUCCGGCCACUUUGAAGUUCCCUUUUGCUGUCCUGCGAUGUUUGGUUAGAGGUAGGGGGAAGGGCAAAGGGGACCUCUGGCACAGGGAGGAAAGUUGAAUGUUUGUGUGUGUGUGUGUGUGUGCAUGUGUUAACCAAACAUGGCCGAAGACCACACGCAUAGACAUUCUGUUUGAAAGGAAACAUAACAAAACACAUCGGAACAUGGUCCAAGAGGAGCAGGGUGUAAUUCUGAAGGUAAAUAAACAAAACGGGCAAGUAGUAGAGGUGUUCUUUGCUUUCAUCACAGGAGGGGAGGGGGGGGUUCUGGGCCUACCAGAGAGAGGCUUUUGUAGGGUUUUUCAAACCCAAGUGGCUCGUAUAUUUUUCCAGCAGCGUGUGUUAGACCCAAGUAUCUUUACUGUGAGUCAGCAUAGCUGUACAACACCUCACUCUUUAUUUGUGUGCUUCUUGGGUGACUCAUUGCGCUCACGUACAGCUGGAAGCAACUUAAGUGAAAGUCAAGAAUCCAGGGUCUGGUAGGUGUCCAAGGACAUAGCACUGGGGGUUUGACCCAGAACCUUUGAUAAUUUAAAAGGCCCAGAUUGGAUUAGUGUUUCCCAGGUGUGAUUUCAAGAGAACACUGUCAGAAAGAGUUGUGCUUGGGUUGAGUGAUGUGAAAUUUUAGAGUAAUAGUAUCUACCAGGACAGUGACACCAUUUUUGUUCAAUAAAAGAAAUUUUUUAUUCCUUUGGAAAGCCCCCAUAAUUAAAACCCUCCUAUGCCACAACUCUCAGAUUUUAGGAUCUAGAAAUGAUUUUCUGCAUUGGAUUGUCAUGCCCAGAUCUGGAAAAUGCUUUUACUAUUACUGUUGUACAUGAUGCUUUUUAUUUCAUGAAGAAUUCUAAUUUGUUAGACAAUCUCCAAAGCCUUCUUUAUUAGCUUGUUGAACUUUUUAAAGUCAUUUGCUCUGAUACCGUUACUCUGGCAGAUGAUGGCAAAAGAUAUCAGAUGCACACAGAUCUCCACAACAGAAAUAUAAGACACUGAAGAAGGUGUUCAAGCUUCCUUAAGAAGAACAACCUGGUCUUUCCCUUAACAUUUACGUCUGCUGUCCAGUUUGUUGUCAAUUAUUAUUUCUGGUAUAUUUGUUCCAAAAUAAUAUAAUAUUGGAGCAAAUGACAUACUAAAACAGCUUAAUUAAACCUGCAAAAAUGGUUAUGAUAAAGAAUGACUGGUUGAGUAGUUAAGUGUAAUAAAGUUUUUUUUCAUGCUUCAUCCCCUCAGGGGAGAGUUGGUCUAGUGUUUAGGGCAGUGCACUUGUGCUCUGAGAAGUUUGCAAGUUCCCCACACUCUCAAUGUCAAAUGCAGAGGUGAAUUCUAACAGUGUGAGAUUAAUAAAAUUCAAUUAUUAUCAAUAUAAUUAUUACUAAAGGCAAGGAGUGUUGUCAGAUGAUCCAUACAAUUUGGAGAAGCUCCAGAGGUAGGAGCUCUCCUUAUAGAAGGAAACUGAUCUGUGUUCAGCUUUCUGACAUCUUUUAUUGGGCAGCCUCAAAAGUAACAUGCAAAUAAUUAUCUAAUUGUAUUGAUUAAAACUAAUAUUGACUUUCCUGGUUAAAUAAAUUCCAUCAUGUUGGUUUUAUAUUCAACAAAAUUCAGUAUCGUCACAAUUUCUAAUCUAUCAAGUCUUGGAAAGUUUUACAUAAACAAUAAAGAUUUGCGUAGAAGUUGGUAUCAAGAUUCAUGAUUUACAGAAGUGUUUUUCUGAGCUGGAGUUAGCUGGAUUACUAUGAAGAGUCUGAGUGAGGAUACGUCAGGAUUAUAUCAGAUUUCUCCUUAAUUCUCUCACUAGUCUGCGGUUGCCCUUACUGACGCAGCUUUCCAACUCUCUGUCAUCUCAUAACCUCUUUCUUCCAAAUGAAAACACCAGUCAACAUAACACACCCUCAUUUGUGACUGCCGCAAGAAGAGGGGACUUACUGUAAGGCCAAACUAUUGCUCAUGUUUUGAAGAUAUAGUAACAUUCAAUAAAUCAACCUUUCAAUGCA